GUAGGUGUUUAAAAAUUCACGUAGCACGUGUGUAUUUUUUGUUCAAUAAUCUUGCAUGCACAAUAUGAUAAUCGUCGCCAAACUUUUCAUCUGCGUCACUCUUCUAUAACAAUGAAAAUCUAAUUCACAAGAGAUUAUGUAGUUGACAGCGUUAGUAAGAGUGAUGUUUACCGCCCUUUGCAGCAUCAAAUUUUUACUUAAUUCCUUAAUUUAUUACUGAAACCGUAGCACAAGUUACAUUUUCAGCAAACUUUAUAAUGGCAAAAAAUUCAGAGAUUCUAACAUGCCAGCGCGUUCUGUCGAUAAUGGUCAUCAUCGGCUUCAUGAUCCACCACAUGAUCCGGAUCAACAUUUCUAUAGCGAUCGUAGAAAUGGUGGCUCGGAACGACUCCAACAACUCGCUUGAAUCGCACGGCCCUCGCUACAACUGGGACGAGCAAGCCAAAAACGACAUCCUGGGCUACUUCUUCUGGGGCUACCUCAUCACCCAAGUGCCAGGAGGCCGUCUUUCGGAAAUGUUUGGCACAAAAAUCGUCGUCGGGAUCGGACUGCUCACGUCAGGCGUACUCACAGUCCUAACCCCCGUUGCUUGCAAUUUGGGCUACUAUUGGCUCCUGGCGGCGAGAUUCAGCCUCGGGGUUGCGAUCGGCAUCCACUGGCCCUCCACACCGCCACUAGCCACCAGGUGGAUAGCGCCGGCCGAUACGUCCAAAUUCAUGUCGCACAUGACCGCCAGCUCGCUGGGGGCUGCCAUCACCUUGCCCGUUUGUGGCUAUUUGAUAGCGGAUUUUGGGUGGCCGAGCGUGUUUUACGUCACCGGAGCCAUCACCAUAGCCUGGUCAAUAGCCUGGUUUUGGCUGGUGUACGACUCACCCGAGCAACACCCCCGGAUUAGCCGAGAGGAGAAGGAAAGACUUAAAAGCGAGAUUAAAUGCGUGAUUGUUGAAAAAACUGAAACUCCUUGGAGGAAAAUUCUGACCUCGGCCCCAGUGUGGGCCCUCAUUGUGACAAACACUGGAGCUGCGUUUGCUUUCUUUGUCGCCUUCACCCAACUACCGACUUACAUGAGCCAAGUGCUGCAUUUCAAUAUCAAGCAGAAUGGGUGGUUUUCCAGUUUACCCUAUUUAGUUAGGUAUUUAACUUCGGUCACCUCGUCCAUCGCUGCCGACGCUGUUAAAAAAACCGGAAAAUUUUCAACAACAGCCAUUCGGAAGUUGUUCACCGGAAUUGUUUUUGGCGGGAUGGCUUUACUUUUUUUCGUUCAAGCCUUUUGGGGAUACAACUACGUUGUUUCCAUUGUAGUGUUUACAGGGUGUUUGGGACUCAUUGGCUUGUCGACUCCGGGAGUCUUGGCCAAUUUUGUCGACAUAGCGCCUCCUUUUUCGGGAACUAUUUUCGGUGUAAGUCAAAUACCAGUCAGUAUUUCUGGCUACGUCACGACCAAAAUUGUGGCUUUAAUAACAAAAGAAGAGCAAGGGUUUGAACAAUGGGCCAUUAUGUUUUGGAUUCUGGUUGGUUCAAACCUAUUUGCGUUUGUGUUUUUCAUGGUUUUUGCCUCCGGGGAAGAACAACAGUGGAGCAAACGGGUUAACAAAACCGAAAUGGAGAAACUACAAAGCGAGGAAACACUUAAAUUAUAAUUUUUGAUUGUAACUCUUGGUCAAAAUAAAAAAGACUUGACACUA